UCUGGCCCCGCGCCCCAGGACCCGCCGCUGGCUGCCGGCUUCCCGAAGCCCCCUCAGGAUCCCCUCGGCCAGGAUGGAACUGAAGGCCGAGGAGGAGGAGGUGGGUGGUGUCCAGCCGGUGAGCAUCCAGGCCUUUGCCAGCAGCUCCACACUGCACGGUCUGGCCCACAUCUUCUCCUACGAGCGGCUGUCACUGAAGCGGGCACUGUGGGCCCUGUGCUUCCUGGGCUCACUGGCUGUGCUGCUAUGCGUGUGCACGGAGCGUGUGCAGUACUACUUCCACUACCACCAUGUCACCAAGCUUGAUGAGGUGGCCGCCUCCCAGCUCACCUUCCCUGCCGUCACACUGUGCAACCUCAAUGAGUUCCGCUUUAGCCAAGUCUCCAAGAAUGACCUGUACCACGCCGGAGAGCUGCUGGCCCUGCUCAACAACAGGUAUGAGAUACCAGACACACAGAUGGCAGAUGAAAAGCAGCUGGAAAUAUUGCAGGACAAGGCCAACUUCCGCAGCUUCAAGCCCAAGCCCUUCAACAUGCGCGAGUUCUAUGACCGAGCAGGGCAUGACAUUCGAGACAUGCUGCUCUCCUGCCAUUUCCGGGGGGAGGUUUGCAGCGCCGAAGACUUCAAGGUGGUCUUCACGCGAUAUGGAAAGUGCUACACAUUCAAUUCUGGCCGAGAUGGACGGCCGCGGCUGAAGACCAUGAAGGGUGGGACAGGCAACGGGCUGGAAAUCAUGCUAGACAUCCAGCAGGAUGAGUACCUGCCCGUGUGGGGGGAGACUGAUGAGACGUCAUUUGAGGCUGGCAUCAAAGUGCAGAUCCACAGUCAGGAUGAACCUCCUUUCAUUGACCAGCUGGGCUUUGGUGUAGCUCCAGGAUUCCAGACCUUCGUGGCCUGCCAGGAGCAGCGGCUCAUCUACCUGCCCCCGCCCUGGGGCACCUGCAAAGCUGUUACCAUGGACUUGGAUUUCUUCGACUCCUACAGCAUCACCGCCUGCCGCAUUGAUUGUGAGACGCGCUACCUGGUGGAGAAUUGCAACUGCCGCAUGGUACACAUGCCAGGGGAUGCUCCAUACUGCACUCCAGAGCAGUACAAGGAAUGUGCAGAUCCUGCUCUGGACUUCCUGGUGGAGAAGGACCAGGAGUACUGCGUGUGCGAAAUGCCCUGCAACCUCACCCGCUACGGCAAGGAGCUGUCCAUGGUCAAGAUCCCCAGCAAAGCCUCAGCCAAGUACCUGGCCAAAAAGUUCAACAAGUCUGAGCAGUACAUAGGGGAGAACAUCCUGGUGCUGGACAUUUUCUUUGAAGUCCUCAACUAUGAGACCAUUGAGCAGAAGAAGGCCUAUGAGAUUGCAGGGCUCCUGGGUGACAUUGGGGGCCAGAUGGGGCUAUUCAUCGGGGCCAGCAUCCUCACGGUGCUGGAGCUCUUUGACUAUGCCUAUGAGGUUCUUAAGCACAAGCUGUGCCGACGAGGAAAGUGCCAGAAGGAAGCCAAAAGAAGCAGCGCGGACAAGGGCGUAGCCCUCAGCCUGGACGACGUCAAAAGACACAACCCAUGCGAGAGCCUCCGUGGCCAUCCUGCCGGGAUGACAUACGCUGCCAACAUCCUACCUCACCAUCCGGCCCGAGGCACGUUCGAGGACUUUACCUGCUGAGCCCUAAAGCCCACUGUACCAAAGGCCUAGAUGGGGAGGGCUAGGAGAGCAAGGGCCAGCGCUGCCCCCCAUCUGUCCUGGGGACUCACUCCCCACUCCCAGGGCAGCUCCCCCCGCCCCAACUCCUAGGCAGUCCUUUCCUCUUGUCUGUGGUGAGGAAGGAAUCUUGACCUUAGAGUCGUCUCCCUGCCUCUAUCCCAUCCUUUUUAUUUUUAACAAAACUAAAUUAAUAUAAAAGAGACAGUAAAAAGAGAGAAAGGGGUUAAGGGACCUCAGGCUGCCCCUCUCUGUCCCAUCCUGCCUCUCCCAACUCCCAGCCUGAAUUCUGUCUGUCUGGCUGUCAUCUGAGUGUCCACCUACAUUUGCUG